AUGUCUGAAAUAGACUCAGAGUAUACACAGAACGGGCAUACUACAACUUCAGGAAAGCUGCUGACCUAUAUUCAUCCCCACCUCUCUUUGUGUUCUGCUGAAGAAGAGCAGUUGGAUGUAGCUAAAGCAGAAUAUAUAGCACUGGAUGACUUGUUGUGUAAGUACGCAAAUGAUUUCUUCGAGAAACACAAAUCCAUCAUCCAGAAGGCCUGGCGGUAUUUUGAAGCGGAGCUUGAGGUAACUGAUCUGUUACUUGUACACCGAUUGCCUUCCUUUUUUGUUGAUUUACUGAAACAAAAAAUCGUCGAGGACUCACACAGAUCAACUAUUCGUUUUGGAAGAGCAACGGAGACGUUGCGUGUGGCUAAGAUUCGAAUGAGCUUAACAGAAGAGAAUCUGUCAAGAAUGAAAAGUUCGGCACGAAUUCACUGCUUAGAGGUUUUGAAGCUCUACAUUAGCCAAGUGAAUGAAGCACAGAACGAAGAAAUGGCAGCUGCGAAAGAACACGACGAGAACUCUGUUCGUAUGAUGGAGAUCUAUGGCAGAGUAAAAAAGACGUAUGAACGCGAUCGCAGUCCCAUCGAGAAAGCCAAAACCUUUUAUGAAGAUUAUGAAAUGCUCACCAAGAAACUUGAAAAGAAACAGCAGCUAAUCCGAAAGCUCAUGCACGGUUCAUCUGAUGUUCGUGAUCUCAAAUUUUGUCGGCGGAACUUAAUAAGCAAACAUAGAAAUCCAGCAAUUAGAACACCGAAUAUAAUCUACAAGCAAAGAAAUCUAGAAGGAGGUCUUAUCAUAAAUCUGAAAUUCCUGAAAGGCAACCACCAAACAUCCACACACCAUUUACAACGUACGAAGACGACAAACGUGACUCACUCUAGAGCAAGACGAGGAUCAUUUAACUGA